UUUACUGUCAUCAAGUGUCAGUGUCAGCGCAGAUGAAAUUUUUAGGUUAUAAUUAUACAAAUACAAAUAAUUUCAGAGUUAUUGAGUUUUGAAGGAUUUUUACUUUAGUUAUAAAAAUAAUAUAAGAAGUGCAUUUCAUAACUAAUCACGCUGACGAUGCUAUCACGUAAUAUAAGAUUAUUAAGCCGAAGAUACUCUCAAGCGGUUACAUUCAGAACAACUGAAUCUUCACCUACACAGCAAAAUGAAAAUCAAGUAGGCUUAUUCUACACUAUGAACAAUGAUGUAUGCAAGCAACUGUUUGCCCACGGCGGUUUGCCAAAGAGCUUCAUGAAGCAGACAAAGACUUUCACAGAGACUGCACUGAUGGUCCGGCUUCCAGCUCUUGAUAUCAUUGACUGCAUUAAGGUCACAGACUUAAACAAACCAGUUGUCAGAUAUGUGCUAUAUGGUGAAAAAGGAGCCGGAAAGUCAUUGACGCUUGCUCAUUUGUUGCAUUUUGCACAUGAAGAUGGCUUUUUGAUUGUACAUAUACCUUGGGUGUCGGAUUGGCUGCGAAGACUACCUAGGGACAAAGAAAUGUCCAACUCACAAAGUCGGGAAGGCUUUGUAGACAUACCCCUCGAUGCUGCCGCUUGGCUGUUACACUUUAAAAUGCAGAAUCAAGUGCUAUUGAAAACAGGUGAUUUGAAAACGUCGAAGGAGUACGUGUGGAGCAAGCGCGAGAGCACGCCCGCUGGCGCGCCGCUGGCCGAGCUGGUGGAGCACGGGAUCGCGCGCGUCAAGUACGCCUGUGACGUCAUCGAUGUGCUCCUUAAGGAGAUUAAACUGCUUUCUAACGCCAAAAAAUGCAAGACUUUUGUAGCAAUAGACGGCUUCAACAGUUUCUUCUACCCGCUAACGCGUCUCAGCACACCAACUAAGAAGAAGGUAGCGCCGGAAGAAGUCAGCCUCACCGCGCCAUUCAUGGAGAUCACUAAAAAUGACUGGACUAAUGGUGCCAUAGUAGUGACUACAGAUCAACUUGCUGUACCUGAGGACAGACAAGAGAACUACUUGCCCAAAUAUUUACUUUAUCAAAAGGGUUUUGAGCACCUAGACCCGUUUGUGCCAAUGGAAAUAGGCAGAUACACCGAGAGAGAGUUCUUGUCGUGUGCCAGCUACUACAGAGACAGGCUCUGGUUGCGAGGGCCUCCUGAGCUAGAAAGUGAACUCAAACUGGCCAGUGCUUGCAAUCCUUACAAUUUUAUGGAGCUGUGUGCGCCUUUGUAAUUAGUCUUUAUUAGUUAUUAAAUAAUGUGUAGUUAAAUUAUUAAA